AUGCUUUGUAGAUUUGCUAUUUCUCCUUUAGAUGUUAUUAAGAUUCGACUUCAGGUUCAAUCAGAACCUUAUAAUUUAAAGCACAUCUUUGCACAUAGAGCCAAUGUGAAAUAUUCUGGAAUUAAUCAAGCGUUCAAAACAAUUAUAAAAGAAGAAGGUAUCAAGGGACUAUUUAAAGGAAAUGUAGCAGCUGAGUGGUUAUAUGUUACUUAUGGAGCAUCCCAACUCUAUGCUUAUUAUCAUUUAGAUUCUUUUUUAAAAAAUAUAUCGCCUACUGUAAAGCCAUUCAUUUCGGGUAUGUUUGCAGGCAGUUUUGCUACAGCUGCAACAUAUCCAUUUGAUUUAUUACGUACACGAUUUGCAAUGCAAGGAAUGAAUAAGGUAUAUGACAGUAUUCCUCAUGCUAUUUCAGAUAUUUAUGAAAAGGAAGGUAUGCGAGGAUUUUAUCGUGGAUUAGGUUCUUCUAUCACACAGAUUAUGCCAUAUAUGGGACUUAUGUUUUUUAGCUAUGAAGGAUUAUGUUCAACAGUUCAGCAUCUUCAACGUAACCAAAUUAUUUCAGAAAAUCACAAGAGAACCAAUGAUAUGAUUUGUGGGUCAUUAGCAGGUAUCAUUAGUAAGACAGGUGUUUUCCCGUUAGAUGUUAUAAGGAAGCGAUUACAAGUUCAGGGACCUCAUCUUAGCGAAUAUGUGGUUUCGACAAUUCCUACUUAUUCAUCAUCUGUGUGGGAAUGUAUGAAAAAGAUUAUAAAUACAGAAGGAGUGCUAGGAUUAUAUAAAGGAAUUGUACCAGGAUUAUUAAAGGCAGGUCCAUCAGGCGCCGUCUAUUUUCUAAUGUUUGAAAUUGCUAAAGAUUGUAUUACUUAUUUAAAAGACUCUGGAUUUCAAAUAUUACCAGAAAAACCAGUUCUUCGUUUAUAG